AUGUCGACAACAUAUUUCACAAGAGGUGGAACAGUGACGACAACAUUGGAACUGAUAUGUUCCUCGUCAAGCCCUUUGGCGGGCUGGCCUCAACCAAAAAUAGUUUCUUUCGCAACAGUUAACAUUCUCCUCUCCGUGACAGCGUUUCUUGGAAAUUCUGUCAUCCUAGUCGCCCUUCACAAGGAAUCUUCCCUUCAUCGACCGUCCAAACUCUUGUAUCGAUGCCUGGCAACAACUGAUCUUUUGGUUGGUCUUGUUUGCCAGCCUCUCCAUGCUACUUUGUUUAUAUCCUGGCUUCACAAACACAGGAGUCUGUGUCAAUACGCAUUUAUCGCCGACAUCCUAACAACCAUCGCAUUGGGUUUAGUGUCUUUGCUGACGAUGGCGGCCAUAAGCGUGGACAGACUUCUCGCCCUGUUGUUGGGGCUGAGAUACAAACAAAUUGUAACUUUGAAGCGCACUGUCCUAAGAAUGAUAACAUUUGGCUUAUUUCACUUUAACUCGACGUUAAAUCCGUUUCUCUACUGCUGGAAGAUUAGUGAAGUGAGACAAGUAGUAAAGCAGACAAUCAGACACCCACCUUGCUGUCCAUGGAGUUAG